ACGACGACUGGUGGAGUUAGCGGCGAGGGAGAGGGAGAAAGGGAUGGAGAGAGAGGAGGAGGACACAGGAAAAUGGUGGCUGCUCUCUCUCACAUCUUGUCUUCUACUGAGGCCGGGAGACAUGCCGCGGGAGACGGUGAGAUGGGAAGAUGAGUCAGAGAUGACGGCAGUCCACGGUGAGGAAGAGAGAAGACAGCAGCAAAUACUCUGGAUGUCGUCAGUACUGCUGGUGAUGCCGUGCCCAGUUGCCGACGGUUACCAGAUACAUCGACGCUUGACUGUGAAUGCAGACUCCCGAAGAUAGCAACUAGUGGUGGUGAGUGAAACCCCUACUCGUUACACAAUAGAAGAAAAAAAUAAAAAUUUUGGCAGUGGGUCAAUAAUGUAGCUUUUAUCGAUGUUAAAAUUGAUACUUUGCCAACUGAAAAGCUCCCAAAUGUGUCCAGUGUGUACUUUAGAAGUCAUAGAAAACCUCUCUUCAAACAUUCCAGUUGUACACUAUACAGACGCGCAUACAAACACACAUGCAGUACAACCUUCACUGCACGUGCAUGUCAAGCCUAAACCACUGUUUUAUUUAUCUUUUUUUUCUUCUACCCUCCUUGCUUUCAAUUGCAUUAAGUUCUUUGAUGGCUAGCCAACUCUCCCCACACAUCCAAUGUCACAGACUCUCGUGUAAAAUCUGCAGCUUACAGUACUGUAUUGAAGUAGUUACAAUCAC